AUGGAUCAAAACGAAUCUUCCGUACCGAGACGUGAUGCAUGUGGUCGACAGAGAGAAACACACGGAAGAAAAGAUAUGACUCUUCGUAGGAGAAACUUCUCUUUUCCAUCUGAAGAGAGAUCAAAAACCCUCCAACUGAAAAUUAGAAUGAUGAACUUCAAUAAAUUUCGGAGGCGAAAAGGGCCGGCUUGGACAAGAAGUGAACAGAAAAAAGCAAGGUCUUCACAUUCAGGAAGCAGUAAAUGUUGUACGUUGGAAACAGCUGAUUCGAUUCAACCUCGGAACUCUGGUGUUCGAGAUAUCCUUUUACAAUCCUGUCAAAAGCCGUAUUUGAUAUAAUUUUCAAGUAACUGAAGUAUAUACAAAAGCGAUACAGCCAUUAUUGUUCCUUUACCAAGACUACAAAUUCCAGGGUUUUAUUAUGAUCCAGAGAAGAAGCGUUAUUUCAAAAUCACCAAAGAUCACCCUGGCAAAAAUUUUGCGAUAUGUCAGGAUGGAGGAUAUAAGAACGUCUCAUCCAAUAGUCAUAACAGAGUAAAAGCUGGAGAUAUUAAGGUUACCAAAGUGAGUAUAACUCGAUUAACAAGUUGUUUACAUUUUGCUUCCUGGAAACGGUUAUUUCCACUCACUAUAAUUGUUUUCGGAUUUUGCAAUUCUUCAAUUUGCUGUCAAAAAAAUUUAAGUUUGCAGUGCCUGCAGUUGUCAUUGAUCAGCCAAGAAAAUUAUCUUGUCUCUUGACCAAUCAGAUGCACACAAAUAAAAUCUAGACUCAGUAAUUUCCAGAAUGACUGUGGUUGUUAAAACGUCCAACUCUAAAAACUUGUUGAUGACAUUCAGUGAGGUAAUUUUUUGAAUGGUUACUGGUCAUUCAACUGAUGAUCUGUGAUGUUCACAGUUAUAAAAUUGCCAAUAAUUAUUAAGAUUUCUUGUGUUUACUAUGUUACAAUUUCAGAAACCAUCAAGAAUUUCUAUCUUAAAUAGUCUUCAUGAUAGGGAGUACUCUCUCAGCACACAAACAACUAGUAGGUAAGUCAAGAAAAUGACAUGAUUUUUUUACAUUUAAAAAUUAAACAAUUGCAAUAGAUAUUUGAUAUACACUCAAAUUAAAAUUUCAUAAUUAAAAUUGAUGUUACAGGAAUAUAUUAGAAAAGCUUACUCAACUGGUAAAGGUUAGGCAAAGACUUGUGUUAGAUCCUUGUGCUGAUCACCACCUUGAACUGGAUCAGUUUGCAGUGUCAAGGAUUGAGGUAAGUUUCUGUCGACUCUUUAGAAUCCAUUAAGGGCAUAGCUAGGGGGGGAUCCAAGGGUGUAUGUGACCCCCCCCCCCAGCAAGCCUCUUUUUGUCACAUUAAGUAAAACACAGCAUGUAAGUUGACAUGACAAUCUGGUGAUUACCCUCUAUUUGACACAGUAUGACCUGCCUUUGAAAAAUCCUGGCUGUGCCCCUGUCCAUCAUUAUUAAUACCUCCAAGUGUGGAGAUGAAUUAGGUGUCUUGCCUGAGUCUAUCUAAUCUUGUUUGUGGAUCCCUUUAGUAUGGAGUUGAGCUUGGGAAAACCACUGAGCCAUCCCAUCCUCCAACUUUUGCUGUACAACAACCCCAUAAAGACAAUCACUUGCCACAAGAUGGUUUUGUCCAUCAUUACUCCUAGAAAGUGUUCUCCCUUACUUUAAGCAGGAAAGGUAAUAAGUUUUCAAAACAGUAGUCAAGAGCAAUUCCCUCUACUUGUUGGACUUAAAAAAUUCUGAGAUAUUUAAGGCAGUAAUAGGAGAAACUACAGGCACUAAUUUUACCAAUUACUACCUGAAAAAGGAAAGCACUACAGUUUUAUGUUCUAAAUAUAUUUUGUUUUUUUAUGAAUUUAUAGUAAUGAGAUGUUAAAGAUGCAUUACACAUCCUUGUACAAUAUGUUUUGUCACUGCAUACUCACCAGAAAUUGUGCCGUGGAUGAAGUAAGGAGAACUUGCUUACCAACUAACUAAUAAUAAUUAUUAUCAUCAAAUCUGUUUUUUUAUGUUAAAUUUAUUCUUUGCAGCCUGAUGCAUGCUAUGAGAGGAUACUAACACUUUAUGAGACCAAACCCACAGGGAACCAAGUGUAAGAUGUUUUUUAGCAUUCUAAUAACUUAUAGAAAUGUGCUACAAAGGGAAACGUAGUUCUUUUUCAUGCAACCCCAACUGCCUCCCGAUAUCACUUGAAACCUCACACUACCUUGUGACAGUAUAACUCACUCACCACUCAUCUCUUACUACUCUGAACUUGUCGCAGAUUUUUCAUAUUCUAUUUCUGGUAAAUGCAAAUUACUAGGUAGUAAUAAUAAUGUAUAAUAAAUAUAGAAAGAUUUUUUUUUAAGUCAUUAGAUAUAUGUAACAGCACAUGUUGAGAUCUGCAACUCACUGUGGCAUUUAUUGCACAGCAUUUGUUCAGUCUUCAAUCAAUCAUCACAGUAAAUUUGUAAAUUCUCACACUAUUUCUGUUUGUGGUUUUUUUUUUUCUACAGAGUACAAUUUCACGAUUUAAAAAAGGACAAAAACAAUAAGUUUGAAGUAGUGCAUAAUAUGGCGAUGAUGAAAAACCAGGUAUUUUCAUGUAACAGGCUGAUUGAACUUGAUUAAAAUUCGUAAUGUUUUCACAUUCACUCAAAGUUGAUUCAUAGUUUUCAGCUUGAAAAUUUUGCAGAAUUUCACUGGUUCUCUAUCAUAUUUUAGGCUACUUGAAGUGAUAAAACUUAACUUAAUAGUUGAAAAAACAGAAUUAUUUAGAAAUGAUCAUGAUAAAUUUAAAUGUAAAAUGGCCAGUGGAUGUCAAAGAUGUUUUCACUUCUUAAAUUUAAGAAUGAUUGAAUUGCUUUUUGUUGUUGUUGCUCAUUAGAAAAUAACAGGCCUUCUUUGGAGUCCACAUGAACAAACAAAGAACAUGUAUAUGUAUCCUUUGUAGAGAAAUAUCUUGUAACCAUUUGUCUCAAAUGUUGGACAAACAGAAGUGUCUCUGGUUGAGUCGGGUUAACCCCUGAGAGUUUUAACCCCACUGAGGUUCUUUGUCAACUGUAAGUAGUUAGGCCAUACAUACAUCAUUCUGCAUGGUAAAUAUGUGACAAGUGCCUGUAAACUGCUAACGGUGGGCAACAUUAAAAAAGUCCUUUAUAAAAAUUGGGGGGUGAAAUGAUAUCCACUGAAAAUUAACUAUUUAUUUUGAGCAUGUUUAUCAAAUGAUUGAAGAUGUUACCAAUCAGUCACAAGCAUAGGAAAAAUGUUGUUCAGUUGAGGAACUGUUUUACAAAGAUGAAGGACUUAACUGAAGGAGGGAAUUCAAAGAGUUAUCUGGCAUUGUUUUUACAUAUAUCUUUCAUUUUCAUAUUUCUAGUGAACUGUUUUACCCUGUUACUGAGCUAAUUUCAGUUGUAGUCUGUGAUAGUGUGGAUUUCAAGUGUGAAGUUAUUUCUCUAACGGUAUAAUUUACAGAGUAUCUUUACUUGGUUAUGGAAAUAUGUCUGGGGAAACCAUGAUUUUUACAGUGGAAGGUGCUUCACAACGUAAGUGUUUGCUUUCCAAUGAGAUUAAAUCUGACCUUUUUGAAACAUUUAAUGUUUUAAUCUAAGAAUAAUUUCCAGUAAUAGCUUCUAAACAUGUUUUGGAGGUUUUCAGCUCUAGAUUUGUUAUAAGCACAUAAUUGUAGCUUAGAAAAACUUGGUAUUGUUGCUCUGGUUUUACACAGGGAUAGUUGGUAGAACUUCAGUACAAGGGAAUUCAGUGUGGGCUAAUUCAUGGAACAGAAACCCUUUGUAUAGUAACAUGAUCAGUAUUGGUGAGUGAUAAUUGUUUAUAAUAACUUACAACAAUUAUUUAUAAUAAAAUUAUCUUGCAGUCAGCACAAUAAGCAGAAAAUAUUGAGUUUGGUUUCUUUGCUUCUUUUCAUUGCUCUCUUUUUGAUAAUUGACAAAAUGGUCAAAAGACAGACUACCUGCUGACUUUCACUGAUUCUGAUGGAUGUUUUAACCCUUUCACUCCCAAGAUCUAAACAUUAAUUCUCUAUACCAUUCCUCAUAUGUUGCUUAUGAUUCUAGUUCUGUGAUUUUGAUCUAAAAUAAAACAAAAUUCCUUUCUUGAUAUUUUUUUGCUUCUCAUUACAUUUCUGCUCAAAAGAUAUCAAAAGGAGAAAUUCAUUUUUGGUCACUCCUGAGAGCAAAAGUAUUGAUUGGUUGACUAUCUAACCAAAUACCACUGGACUACCAAAGGAAGGAAAGAUGAAUGACUGGACUGGCUGGUCGAAUGUUUAACAGACUGACUUAGGCUGUCCAAAUGAUUGACUGAAAAAUCCACUGACUGUCCUGUCUUACUGACUGACUGAUUGGCUUCCUGUCUGUCUGACCAAUUGAUUGAUUGAUUGACUCACUGAUAAUUUGUAUAAUCAAUUAACCAACUGAAUUAGUAAAUGAUUGACUUUGACAGACUGACUGACUCAGUACUGAUUGAAUAACUGAUGGACUGACUGACCUACUGGUGGACUGAUUGACUGACAGUCUGACUUAUCAACUGACUGACAUUCAUUUGUAUUGACAGAUUGAAUGACUGAUAGAUAAUUGUCUGGUUGAGUAUUAGACUAACUGGCUGUCCAACUCACCAACAGACUCAGCACCUGACUGAUUAACAAGAUAACUGACCAGUUCUAUAAGCUUAAUAAAAUCUAUUCCUUCAUUUUCCCUCCCAAACAUAGAAUUAAACCUAUAGAUGAUAUUUUUCCCCUAGGAGCAAGUAAGGUAGCUCUAACAUUUGAUGUAUCCAUGAAGAGACGUGUGAUACAUGUCAAGUGUCAAAGUGCUGUGCUUGCUCAGGAGUUCUCAUGGAGUGUAAGUUGAUAUUGCAAAAUUUGUGCAGGUUUUAUAACAUUAUAAUAAUUAUAGGGUGUGUGUUGUCUUCUCUAAUUAUUUAAUAGCUCCAUACUUCUUGUUGCUCAAGAUGUUUUUCCUUGUUGAUUUUUUUCCCCCAGAAUCCUGUUCUCUAUAAUGGCUCACGUGAUGGUUGCAUACGUACAUGCGAUGUGCGUGUGAUUGGUCCCAACUGGCCAGUAAUGAGUCUUAAUCAAGGAGAGCUGGCAUCAAUCACAUGCCUACAGGUUUUGCGUGAUGAAAACUACCUGUUGGCCAGUGGUUUAGAUGGAUCGGUAAGGAUUGACUUGAGAAAUGAGACAUAGAGCACAAGAAAUGUCUUAACUCUUUGACCCUCAAGAAUGACCAGUAUCUAAUUUCUCCUUACAAUAUCACCUCUCCAUCACACAUUAAGGUCACAAAAAUAAAGGAAACAAUCACCAACUUGAGAAGUUCUUGAUUGUUAAAGAAAUUCUCCUAGUCAGCGUGGUGUAGAAAAUAGUACAGAGAAUAUGCAUACUGAUGUUGAGGUGUAAAGGGUUAAGAGUCAUUGUAAGAUGCAAAUGGAGUUCCUUCUCAGUUGUUGUUUGUUAUUUUUUCCUUUGGCUUUCAUAUCAGCUGGCUCACACUUCAAUUUAGCAAGUUCUUCCUUGAGCAACAAAAUCUUGUAAAGAAAGAGUAAAAAUGCACCUCAGACAGUAGAGGCAAUGACUUGUUUAAAAACACCAGAAUUUUUGUUUCCACCUUGUGUUGAUCUUUUAAUCACAACCGUGCACACAAAUUACAGCUGUAAUCACUUUGGUUGGGAAAUAUAGUUAGUAUAUUUGUGAACUAAGCUUAAAUUAUGUCAGUAAUGAAUGCAAACAUUAAUUCUUGAGAAACCUUUUUACAUGUACUUUGAGACUAUAAAUUCUAAUCAUUUGCUGUAAGAGAGAAGUCUUUGUGCCCAGAAUUUUUGUGUCAAUCUAACUUUGUCUCAGAAAGCUACAUCUUUUUUUUUUUUUUUUUCAGCUGAAGUUGUGGGACAUAAGAGCUAGGGCCUGUGUGCAAGAUUAUAGAGGGCACAUAAAUGAGAUCACACAUGGGCUACGCUUCUAUGUGGACCCAACUGACUCAUUGAUUUUUGCUGGUAAGCUUGAUCACUUCCUCAUUGCACUCAUUUCUGAAAAGUACAUGACUUGUAUGAAAUUUUCUUUAGAUGGACUUGGAUCAGAUUAUUUUCAAAUCAAAUUUAAAAAGAAUGGCUAUUAACACUCAGAACACUCUAAUUAAAAGUAGUUGCUGAUUAAUAUAACUGAUGUUCGUUCAGAUGCCAAAAAGCAAUCCCAACUGAUCCAUUUUGAGUUUGGUAAAUUGGGCCUUCAAGAAAAUGAAAAUUAUAUUUUUUGGGCCCUGUGUUACCUUACUAUUGAGUUUUAAAGUUUUAAGGAAAGGUAUGUUCCAGAUUGAAAAUGAGAUUAUUUUUAGCUUCACCAUUUAAAAGUGUGAUGAUAGUAUGUGAAAAUGAAAGCCACUGCAGUUUAAGCUUCUAAAAGUAAUCUAAUCUUUAAAAGUCAUCUUCCAAUGUGUUAAAACAUACAUCUUGGAUUCCAUUACUUUGAACCCUGCUGAUAGUUCAGAAAAUUUAUGAUCUUCAGCUUGACUGAUUAGCUUUUAGAUCAUGGGAGCAAAAGAAAUAACAGCAAGGCUUGAGAAUUUAUUUAUGAAAAGUGUUUUUCUUGACACUUAAUUGCAGCGGGACAAGAUUCAGUGACACGCAUCUGGAGUAUUGGAAGUGGUAAACUACUUCACACAAUUCCAUUUCCUGCCACUGUGGACAGAUCUCUCAGCCCCAUCCCAGCUCUGUACUACUCAGAGGAAUGGGGUGGUAAGGGAGGCAUGCCAGGUCUCCUAUAUGGUGCUGGUGAUUCAAUUUAUUCAUAUUCCUACUGAGGAGUAGGGAGGGUGGCACUACCAGUGUACCAUAGCAUGGUGGUGGUGAUUGAAAGGAUCAGUAGUGGAGUGAAGAGAUGGUGGGGAGAUGUCUGCUUUCUUCUGGUCGAGGGAGAGGUACAUUUGGUAAAAUGAUCCACCUAUAUCAGAAAAAGUUGAUUAAAAACAAUUUUUUGACAAUUAGAUGACAUAUAGAUCUGGAAGUCCAUCUUACAUUGACUGCUUGACAAGUGAAUUUAAAGAAAAGUCAUAUGGUUGGGCAAGAUGUGAGUCCUUCAAAAGAGAAAGGUGCAGGAAAAUUUUCACAAAAAUGGAAGCCUUUUAUUGUAGGAUGGCUGUUUCAGUAAUGGGUCAAAUCAAUAGAAUUUAAUGUGUGGUUUCAUUGAUAAGUAAACUAACCCUAGGAUAAGUAAGAUUUCAAAUACCAUUAACUCUGUGAAAUUGAAUUCAAUAAACUUCGCAUUUCUUAAAGAACUCUACUAGUGUGAAAUAUCAUACCAAUUUUAAAAGUUUGUUGGAAAAUGGGUGGCCCAGUGGUCGCACACUGGGAUCAAGGUCAAGAGAUCAGGGGUCAAGCCUAGUGGGGUCAACACAUG